UUGCGCGACGGAGUCUUCUGCUGGACUAGCAACGUUUUGCGGGCGAUGGAGAACGGAGCGGUGUAUAGUCCCACCACCGAGGCGGCCCCGGGCGCCGGCAGGGGCGCGCGCAGCGGCCUGGCCGCCUACUUCUUCCUGGGAAGGCUUCCGCUGCAUCGGCGCAUCCUCAAGGGCUCGCAGCUGCUGCUGUCCCUGCUGGCCUUCAUCUGUGAGGAGGUUGUGACCGAGUGCGGGCUGUGCGGAGGCCUGUACUUCUUUGAGUUCGUGAGCUGUAGCGCCUUUCUCCUGAGCCUGCUGCUGCUGAUCGUGUACUGCACGCCGGUGCACGACAGAGUGGACUCUAGCAAGGUCAAGUCCUCGGAUUUCUACAUCACCCUCGGAACAGGGUGUGUCUUUCUGCUGGCAUCUAUCAUUUUUGUUUCUACCCAUUCCGGGACCUCAGCUGAAAUUGCUGCGAUUGUGUUUGGCUUUGUAGCAAGCUUCAUGUUCCUGCUUGACUUCUGUGCCAUGCUGUGGGAGAAGCGGCAGGAGAGCCAGCUGAGAAAGCCUGAAAGCACCACCAGGGCCGAAACCCUCACAGAACCACUGAAUGCGUGAAGACUCGGAGCUCUGCGGCCACGCAGAGAGGCUCCCUCCGCUUGAGCUGUGUCGCCUGCGUGGCACUGGGAGAGAAGGGAAGGGGCAGGAGGGCGGCUUCUCAGUGUUGGGCUGGGGCAGCCCCACCAGUUAGCUCAGAGGGUUUCUAAUAACUGUUGGAACCUGCCUCAAAUAGAGGAGGUUUUGUUGUUUGUUUUGUUGUUUUGUUUUUUUGUUUUGUUUAGACAUGAGGGCUGUCAUCUCUUGGAAUUGCUUGUCUGUCACGGUGCCACAGGACACCCGCCCUAGUCUUAGCUUCCAGACUGAGCCUUUUCCUUUCUGUGUUUCAUUUCAGAAUCAUUUGCUUUGCUAUUUGUUUUUGAAGAUUUUAUUGUUGUUGGAGACUUAAUUUGUACUUCAGAUGCUGUUGUUGGAGCUUUAACUUGUACUUCAGAUGCUGUUGUUGGAGAUCUAACUUGUACCUAAGAUGCAGCUGUGGCUUCUUUCCUUCAUGUCUGAUCCCCGUCGUUACUGUACCUCAUAGCCUUCCACUCCCGUGCUAACCUUUUAAGGCGGUUAUUCUUAGUUCUUUCUGAGCCAGCAUGGCCUAACAGAAAGCGUGCUGUUUUAGGUGUAUAAAAGCAACAAUAGCAGCAGCCUUGGAGUGUUUUUACAUUGCACCUCAGUUGCUGAGAUUGAGUUGAAAAGAAAGAGAAGUUUGUUAUGGAUCACAGAAAAGUGAAGAAACAGACUACAUCUGAAGACCAAAGAUAGAAUAGACCUUUUUGUCCUGUGCAGUGGACGUAAUCACACAGAUGGGCCUUGACCACUUAGCAGAGAUGUGAAGGGGUUGUGCUGUGUUCACAAGCGUAAUCACAGUUAAUGAUGUCAGACUAGCGCAGACUAGUGUGAGCUGGAAGCUGCGGCUCUCCCUCCUGGCAGAAAAUGGCCACUGCUUCUCAAGUGCAUACAGCUCUGCAGGCUCUCCUCAGCCCCCGGCUGGGAUUGCCCGCCCACCUGAGAUGCCUCCUUCCUGACUUUUUCUAGUCACCAUCUCUGCCUGUCACCGUCUGUGAGGUGAGCCUGGGCUCUGACCCCUCCCCUUCUUUCUCACUGUUAGCCAGGCUAUCCAGAGUCUUGUGCCCUUCUCACCACCACAAGUCUGAGGUGGGAGUGUCAGGUUCUUGUUCCCACAGGCCUCUGCUUGGGUUUCUUUCCAGGGGAGGUGUUGUGAGGAAGCAAGCCCUAGAACCCUGCUAGUGAAUACUGUGAGUGGUGUAAGGAGGCUGCAAACUGUUCCCGAGACUUUGGAAGCAUUGCUUGUUGCUGGAAGGCUUAGAGGCAGGGGACACCUUUUUGACCGAAGGGGACCGUUCCUUCCUUCCUUCUUCGAACCCGAGCAUGUCCAGGCCUUCUGUGCCCUGGUGGAGGCUUCCCAGGCCAGGCUUUCUCUCUGAAGUUCUGCGAUCAUGUUUCCAGGGGUUCACUUUACAGUCCCCCUUCUUUUCAGUUCCUUGUCUGCCAUUGUGUCUGGUAGAUGGUUUCGGUUACAUAAGGGAGGCUAUUGCUCUUUCUCGGAAGCAGACGAAUCUGGGCGCCCAGCCUCUGCUCUGUUACUGGCUCACUGCCUGAUGUGCUGGUGUCAGGGCUUACAUGCUAAUGCUGUCGCCACACCUGCUUGGGAGAUCACGAAACCAAUCAUGGAUGUGCCUGACUGGGCAUGUCAUCUAAGAGAAGGGAUAGUAGGCUCUUGAAAAGUUGCCAGUGUAUGGCUGACAAUUUUAGAAUUUCAUUAUCAAGCUUGCUGUAGUCACUGUAAAAAACAUCUAGACCCAUUGAGAAUUAGCAGCAAAUCAGGGCUACUGUAGUGUUACCAACUGUUAGUCAGCUCCUGUCACUGUAACAAAGUACCUGAGACAAUCAACUUAAAGGAGGAAGAGUUGGGCUGGAGAGACGGCUCAGAGGUUACGAUGCUUCCUUCUCCAGCACCAGCAAGGGAUGGCUCACAGCUACUUGAAACUCUAGUGCCGGGGGUCCAGCGUCUCUGGCCUCCGGCACCCAAACACACAUGGUGUACAUUCACACAAACACAUAUAAAUUAAAGUAAAUCUUAAAAGUUAAAAAAAAAAGUUCAUCGUGGCUUGCAGUGUUGGAGGCUUCAGCCCAUGGUCGGACCUGUUGUCUUAGACAGCAGCUCUUCACUCUGGGGAGUUUGUGGUAGAGCAGGAAGCGAGGAAAGAGAGGCCGUGACUUGUCCCUGGAAGGGCAUGCCCCCCUGACCUAACCCUCACACUAGGCACCACUAUAAAGGUUUCUGCCCUCUUAGUCUUGCUGUCCUGGAGAAGAAGCCUGUAAUGCACAGACCUGUGGGGACUCAGCUCAGCGGUGGUGCCUCUGCCGCUGUUUGGCUUGUUCAGACUCACAGACCCUCUGGCCCGGCUCCAAACGUGGUGCAGUGACUCCGCAUUGAGUGGGUUUGCUCUGUUCCACAGCUGCCGGCUCUGCCUCGGCUGCUUCAUUCUUUCCUUUUAGGAAGAUCAUUUGGACACUUGUGUCUGCUGUUCUCAGAACUUUCUCUUUGGGGGACCUGGUGCUGGCUUUUGCAUCCUGUGGAAGGGAACGGGGUUAGACUGUGGCACCAAAAGAGCUGGGACCAGAUGCCGGCAGCGGAGGAAAGACGGUGUCUUUAUUAGAAGCUGUAGCAGAUUUGAUUUACUGUAUUUUAUACAAAUUGUUUAGACCAGUUUUUAAGACUUAGAAGGGAAAUAUACUUACGGCACAAGACUUUUAUAAUUACUGUACUUAAAUUAUGCUUUAUGUGGAGACCGGGAAAUGUAUUUUUACAUCACUUAUAUCCAAUCACUUUUGUAUUUGUUGAUUUAAAGCCUGUGGGUCUUUUUUAUUAUUAUUACUCUUAAUACCAGCUUUUAUAAUCUUUUAAAAUAAAUCCUCUUAAUUCGA